AUGGUGGCGCGCAGAAACUCUGAGGAAGACUCCGAAGGAAAAUCAGUUCAGGACAGCUCAUCUGAUACCAGCGAAGAAGACUUGGACUACUUAAUCGACAGUGUUUUAGGAAACCUAUCCGUUUAUCCGUCUAACACCAAAGUAAUGACAAUCAAAAACCGGAAGGAACGUUCUAAACACGAUCGUUCCGAAAAACCUUCCAAUGUUGAAUCGACUGCCUCGCCUCAAAAUGAGUCACAUACUUUUGGAGUAAGAAGACAUACCUCAGGAAGUCGUGGACAAACGUCAUCACGUAUUCGUAACCGUCAAAACCGGGGUCACGCAUCAUCUACAGUCAUGAGGCAAAACAGAUACGCCUUUGCCCAAUAUGCAACAGCUGCGGAUAGCCGACUUUCUCCUACUUCUGUAAAUCGACACUGGUCUAAUUCUAAUGAACCCACAAAGAAUAUCCGCGAUCGCUUGGUUGAGUGCUCUGAGGUUACUGAUCUGGGAACUGGCAAUAAUAGUGAAGAUGAAUACGGUCGAGUGUCUGAGAAUACUAGUCCGAAUUCCUCAAAGUUGGAAGACAAUGCUUUAGAUCAGAUUUUAAAGGAGAAAAAGGGCUGGAAAGUUGUGCGUGUCCAUGGCGAUGGCGCCUGCUUAUUCCGAAGUGUUUCACACCAGGUUUUUGGUGAUGAGGAAAAGCAUGAUAUAAUUAGGAAGCAGGUUGUCGAUUACAUGUGCAAGAAUCGCGAACACUUUUCUCAAUACGUAACCGAGGAUUUUGAUCGCUAUCUUCACCGAAAGCGACAACCUAAUUGCUUUGGUAACCACCUGGAGAUCCAAGCAAUAUCGGAGCUUUAUAAUCGACCUGUUGAAAUCUACUACAACAAUGUUGUUCCUAUCAAUGUUUUUCACGCCGAGUACUCGCAUGACGUCCCAAUUAGACUGGGUUACUACGGUCGAACGCAUUACAACUCGAUCAUUGACCCUUGCAAACCGUCAUUUGGUCAUGGGUUGGGCAUGCCUAACUACCAACCUGGGCUGCCCGAAAAGGAUCUUGUCAAGCAGGCAAUUCGAGAAUCGGAGACUAGUGAGUUGGAAGAAGCCAUGCUGAGGGAUAAGUUGGCUGAAUCGGAGAACAAACAACUGGAGGACUGUAUUGCUGAACACGUUUUGCGUGAAUCCCUCUACGAACACAUGAAGGCUCGAUUAGAUGGGCAGGCAGCCGAGCGUCAACGAAUGGCCUCGCCUCCUCAGUCUGUGUCCCCAGGGUUGCGGGAAUCAACUCCCCCACCACUGUCUACCUCCAAUCUAGUACCUUCAUCGACAUCUGCCUCCCAAGUGCCCUGUUCCUCCUCUUGUUCCUCUGCACUUCCCUCCUCCUCAACCUCUAUCAAGCCCUCUUCCUCUAAUACCGUCGUUGAUGUUCCUGGUUCUGCUGCCACCUUGACGGCUGCUGCCGCUUCUGUCGCUGCUGCUUCCGCUUCCUCCGACCCGGCUGCCAGUGACUUCGCAGUGCUUCGAUACAUCCCUGCUAACAUGCUGGGACGCUCGGCUAGCAUGAUUCUCACCACCUUCACGUUCUACUCCAUCGGUUUUUUCGUAAAGGCUUCAUUUGUUCUCUUUUUUCCUCCCUCACCUACUCUCACCACCGUUUUUGACAUGAGCGACGACGAUGUGCUAGCGAUGGUCUUAGAGCAAUCUCGAAGCGAGUACAUUGAGGGUCUGCGCGCGGCCUACCGGGGCGAAGAUGACGAUUUCGAGGAGCGUGGACGUCCCACCGCGCAGUCUUACUUCCGUCAGAACUUGGAACCCUCUCAGCCAUCUGCUGCAUUAUCAAAGGACUAUUCUAGCGGUAGUGGCGGUUGCGGUGGUAGUGACGAUCCCAAUCGUGACGUUAUGAGUUCUUCUCCGUUGGAUAACUGUAGAGAAGAGAUACAGCAGUUAAGAAACUCCUUGAAGGAGGCUUUACGUGAGAAAUAUGAAGCUGCGCAGUGCGGAUUAAAGCUACUUGAGGAAAAGGAAAGCUUGCAGGCAAAACUUGAUGAGUCUGAAGAACUUCUUGAACAACUCAGAAGGGAGCUACAGUUAACUCAGGAGAAAUGUGAUGAACAAAAUGAACUUCAUAGAAAGAUGAACCGGGUGGGCUUCCAGGAGGAGGAUGACCUCCUCAGUCGAUCGGCCAAUCGUGAAGAACAACUUUCGGGUCGCAUUAGAGACCUUGAGCACGACUUAAAAAGUACCAAAGCAAAAUACGAACGCCAAAUGGCUGAAAAUGACAAAUUGCAUCAAAUGAUGCAGGAAAUUCAGGCUAAAUAUGAUAGUGUUGAGAAAACUCGACUUGAACUUAAACAGGAGAUAAAAGCAAUGAAGGUCGUAGAAACGCGAUUGCUUAGUGAGUUGGAUGAACUGGAGUCAGAGAAUUUGGAAUUACAGAAGAAUGUCUUGGCGCUGAAGACUAGUCAGAUUGAGUUUGAGAGUCUUAAGCAUGAGCUGAAACGAGGCCAGGAGGAAAACGAUCAAAUGCACGUUUUACUAGAGGAAGUCACUCGGCUGAAAAGAAUCACAGAGAAGUCGUUAGAGGAGGCCUUAGAGUCACUUCAAAUCGAAAGGGAACAACGGCACAACUUAAAAAAGGAGCUUGAUAGCCGUCUGGCUUAUGAGUCGUUCUAUCAUCUUAAUUCAAUCCAAAAUGGUCUCGCACAGUCUGCUCAAUUACAAUUAUUCAAUACAUCAGAGUCAUUGGAGCACUCAAAUUCCAGUGUCAAUAUUGCGCACAAAGGAGAUGACUUGUUUUCUGAACUAAAGCUGAGUGAAUCCACUCAGCUGAAAGCCGAGAUGACGGAGCUUCAGCACAAGUUGGAAGAGGCACAGAGGUCCGCAGAACUUGCCUCUAGUGAGGUGAAUUCAAAACAGGAGCGUAUCAACCAGUUGCAGAAUGAGCUCGAUCUAGUCAUGGGUGUACAACGUCGCGCCGACAAUGAAUUCGAGUCCAACGCGAAUUCUGAUGGCACUGAUGCUGCCGCUACCACUGGUGGUGAAGAAGACUCAGCCUCUGCAGGACUGAAACGAACUCUUAGACAAACAGAGACUCGCUACUCUGUUGCCCUCCGACAAAUUGCUAGCAUGCAACACGAGUUGUGGCGUUAUCAGGAGCUGGAGAAGGUGAACGCCGACCCGGCGUUGGCCGACGAAGAAGGAUUAAAAGCAGAGGUUCUGCGGCUUCGCAAGGAGCUGGAGUGCCGAGCGGAGGAGAUAAAGCACCUGGAGGAGCGGGUUGAUAAUGGUGCAGAGGAAGCGCAGCAGGCUGGGCUGAAAACGGCCGUUGUCUCAGUUUGUCUACGACGCGGUUUCGCCGACCUUCUCAAACUCUACAUGCUCGUCUGUUCGGAGUUGAAGGAGACGCCAUCAAAACAGGUCUGCGAGCUAGCCGCUCGUGCCAGUGUUUCUCUGGACGCCAACGCGUCUACCGAUGAUUCCACAGCUUCUGAUCCUACUGUGGAUGCUUCAGCCGCCGGCACAGCAGUGUCCACAUCUCCGACUUCCACGGAGCAGGUCAGUCCAGAGAUGCUGGCAAAGCAAGUGGAAGAUCACAUAGCUAUUGUGAGUCAUCUGCGUCGCGCUGUGCAGAUGUACGCGGAGAAGAACGCUCGUCUUGCUCAAAAUGUUUUGGUUGCCAACAUUCUGGUACCUCAAGUCAUUGAUGCAGCGGCGUGUGGCGUUGGAAGCGUUCCUACCAUCGGUGUGCAGGUCGAACUGAGUAUUUCCUUGGCGGCUUUUAACUGUCCAUCGGACAGAAACCUACUUCAAGCUGGCUUGAUCGAUAGACAGAAGUUGGUAGCCAGGGGCGUCGGCCUAGCCACCAAUGGGAGCUCGAAGCGGACGGACGAGGCAGUGGAGGAGUUGCAAGCGGAGAUUUUGCAAUUACGUAGUAAAUUGUCCAUCAAGCGCGAGCAGGUGGCCUCGCUGCGCAGUGUUCUUAAGAAGAACAAAUCGGUGGCGGAGACGGCAUUGGCCAACUUAAAGCAGAAGUAUGAGAAUGAGAAGGCCAUUGUUACGGAUACGCUGCGCGCUCUGCGCAGUGAGUUGAAGAUGCUGAAGGAGGACGCCUUCACGUACACCUCUAUUCGGGCGAUGUUCACGGAGAAGCAUGAGGAGUUUGUGCAGCAGAUGGAUCAGUUGCAGCAGAAAUUGAAUAAAGCCGAAGAGGAAAAGAGGACACUCAAUUCCAUCCUCCGAUUGGCUAUUCAACAGAAACUUAACCUUACUCAGCAACUUGAAGCCUUAGAAAUGGAACGCCUUGCUGCCAAUCCCGCCUCUGCUCGUAUGGCCGCGGAGGCAGCUCCUGUAAUUCCAAAAUUAUACUACUGUCCACGUGGAGUGUGUCCACAGAGCAGCGUCUCUGGGCAGCAACCCUGUGGCAGAUUUGUAGCCUCGCGACAACUGCGUCUCUACGCUGGAGUAGAUCCUACCACCGGGGUCACUACCGCACCACCGAUUUUCACACCUGCUGCCGCCGCCGCAACCCCGCAGGCGGCUCCACAAACGCCGUUGGUAUCCCCUCCGCCAACCGCUCCGUGGCUGCACGCUGCCCCCCAGCUCCAUUGCCCCCCUCAUCCCGUUGCCGCGGCCGCAACUGCUUUCAAUUUCGCCACCGCUGCAAGCCCUCGAACCCCCGUGACACAGCCUCCAGUCUUCCCUUCUCCUGUCACUGCUCCGCAUCUACUUAAAGUCAAUAACAGCAAUCGUCCACAGGUUCGGCCGAGGCGUCAACAGAACGACGUAGAGUAG